GGCACAUCAGACGAGAGAUUUAUGGAAGAGAUUUAUCGUAUUCUUCGAGAACUUUUCUCUUUUCAACCAUUAGUUACAAUGGAGCAAUUUCUUACGUCCGAAUUCGCUUUUGAAAAAAUUAACAUGGCUAACACUGUAGCAUUACAUAUAGGAUCUUUCAUAAAAGAUCUAGAUAGAAAUCGACUAUGUCCCGAUUGUCAUCAUGAACGACUAAAUAAAAAUCGAAAUCCUAUUAUUUAUCUUAAUAAUAUUUCAUUGUCCCGAAUAACUGAUAGAUUGGAGGAAGUAGAAAGGUGGCUAAGACGUAUUGAACUAGAUCGUUUGUUUAAUCAGCGUUCAAGAACACAUAAUAGAAAUACUGUUGGUUCAAAUCAACAUCACACGUAUUCAAAUGGUACUUAUGCAGGAAGAAAUACUGUCACACGUAGGAUUUCAUACCAUGGUCAAAUAGGACAUAUUAUGAAUCCGAAUGCUGAAAUGCCUAAUGGUAAUCAAAAUCAUAAUAAUAAUAAUCAUAGUAAUAUCACAACGAAUGACUAUUGUAACAAUGCAGUUGAAAGCAUCAAUAGAUUGAACUCAGUAGAUUGAAUAAAUUUAUUUCUUGCUUAAUUAAUCACGAUAGUUGAUUUUGACUGUUUUCAUUAUUCACCUGUGGAUGUUUAUGUGUGUGUGUGUGAGAGAGGGAGAGAGAGAUUGAAUUCAUUUAGUUCGUUUUGUGAUUAUUUUCACUAGAAACAAUAACACUAGUAGUGAGUUAGUUAUAUGAUUAUACCGAAUAAAAUGAACUCAUUGUGAUCAUUGUUAUUCUGCUGUACCACUAAUCAUCUUCAUAUCAACUGCAAAUGAUUGACUUGCACAAAGAAAACAGUAAAUAAUACUGUGAUCAUCAAAAAUAUGAUUAUAAUAUGCUUUCAUUUGUUUGAAGACAUUUUGAAUGGAACAGAAAAUUUUGAAGAAUAAGACUUGCAAUCUUGUUCGCAUUCCUAAUAUUAACUUUAUCUACGAAAAUACGUCAACUGUGGUUGUUGUAUUUUUCUGCUUUACUCCACUCAGUCACAUUCAAAAUGUGGUUAUUUGUAGUGUGUUUGCAAAUUGUUUUGUAAACAGUUUUUGAAUGAAAUAUUGUUAUAUUUACAUAUUUGUGCAAUCAUGAUCAGUGUGGUUAAAUUUUGUUGUAAGGUUUUUGUUGAUAUAACCUUUUGAUAUUGUACGUGCUUCCCAUGUACACUACUCCACUUUGAAUGGAUAGGUUGGAAUUACUGUUAUUAUUAUAAAUAUUACUAGACAAUGUCUGGUUCUUUUCUGGAAACAUUGUUUUCAUUUUGUGUUUGAUGAGCUGUGUGUUAGUAGUGACCUAUGAGAGCCGGUCCUAAUUUUUCGCUGAUCUGAAUACAUAGUAUUACUGUGUUCUUCAAUUGUUUGUUUUCUUGACUGUUGAUGAUUUCGAAAGGAAAUUUGAGAUGAGUUUGAUAUUCUCCUUUAGAGUAUGAGGUAUGUGUAGUUAUUUACCACCAGUGUGUAAAUCUUGUACAGUUGUUUUACUCUUUCGCAAUCGGAUAUUGUAUGUGUUUGUAUUCACUCCUUAUUUGUGUAAAAUAAAUAACAUAAAAGAUUGACUAUUCA